CCGAGUGGAAGUCUGUCAAACUUUCCCCACAGCAGACGGGAAGAAGAAGCUAAAAAGCUAAACUAUGUCGGUUUUUAAAGUAGUUCGGCGUCUCGUUGUGCUCUUUUGACUGUGUUUUCACACUGUUAGCAUCCCGUUUCGGGCUUAGAGCUUAUAGCUUGUCGGUGUUUUCUUCCUCUGGUUGAUCGAUUACAGACGCUCCACGUCGUCCCGAUGACUUCAGGACCAUAAGCGAUCUCCUGCUUCAUUUUGGACGCCAUUCUCCUGUGAAAAUGGCCGACAUGGCCAGGCUUGUCUCUGAUGAGAUAGCAAAGGGGCCAGCAGAGCUGGAUCCAUGUCUGUUGGAAAUUGACAGGAAGUAUGAUAUUGUUCCUGCUGUAAUCUCCUCUACCUGCUGUCUCUUUGGAAUUAUCUACUGCUUUUUUGGUUACCGCUGCUUCAAAGCCAUCAUGUUCCUGUCGGGGUUGCUGUUUGGCUCGGUGAUUAUCUUCUUGCUGUGCUAUAAGGAACGUGUGUUAGACACACAGCUGAGCAUAGAGGCAAGUGCUGGCAUUGGCCUGGGCAUCGGACUUCUUUGUGGCCUUGUCACUAUGCUAGUGCGCAGCGUCGGCCUCUUUAUGACGGGCAUCCUGCUAGGCCUGCUCCUUGCCAUUGCUGGUCUUUUGCUUACACACCAGCUGUUUACACCCAGCACCCUGUGGGUGCCCGUAGGUGUCCUUCUUGGCACUGGCAUGCUGUGUGCUGUUUUGACUCUCCAGUGGCAAAAGUUUUUCACCAUCAUCUCCACAGCUGUGUUUGGCGCAGCCAUCAUGACUGUAUCUGCUGAUUACUUUGUGGAGUUGCUGAUGCUGGUCACACACAUUUAUGACUGUCUGCGCCUUGUCUCUGCUCCCGCACCGCUCUGCUGGUACAGCUGGGUCAUUAUGGGCAUCUGGCCUAUGCUCAGCCUUAUGGGAGCAUUAGUGCAGUGGAAGCUCACAGCCGAAGGUUUUUCACACACUGAAGUGAUCCUCAGCAGAAGGCAGAAGCGAUUGCAGCUGAUGAGAAUAAGACAGAAAGAUGUGAAAAAGCUGCAACUGUCUGCAGGUCAGGAGGGGACGUAUCGCCGUAAACCCACUCCUGUAAAACGCUACGCUGGAGAUCUUCUAGCUCCAAGUUACCUGCAGAGUCUCCGGGAGCAUCAGAUGGGCACAGGCACAUCCCUGAGCAGCCUGAGUACCGCCAACCAUACCAUGGUGGAUAUGGAUUAUGAUACUGGAUCAACAGUUCCACUAACACACACCACCACCACAACAGCAACACGCACCUGAAUAUGUGCUGCAUUCAUCAGUGGUCAAAAACUGUCCAGAUAAAGAAAAAGCAGGAUUGCGUGGUACUUCAUAGUAAAGUCAGACAAUAUGACCUAUAUUUUGGUCGGGUCCAAAAGUCCACUGCCAAGAACUGUUGUUAUUUAGUCACUUUAAUACAAACUUUAAUACAACUAUCUCCGAUUCAAAUAAAAACACUUUCAUUCACUAAUAGUAGACCGUGAAAGCGUUGUUAAUUGAAAACAUUAGGAGUGGUCAGCGUUGAAGGAUAAUUUAUAUUUUAAAAUAAAGUGUGUGGGAACCUUAACAUUUAUAUAGAUCUAAAUUUUUCACAGAGGAAUUUUCAGAUAGCAACAGACUGGAUCUGUCCCUGUUUUAAAGCCACAAUUUUACAUUUUAUAUUUAUAGAUCUAGAAACCCUAGAAACAAUUUCCAGGGGGGGAAAACACUGUGAUAUCUAAAUGGUGCAUGCAUACAUUUUUCCAGUUUGAAUAUUACCUCUGCUACAUUUAGAACAGGACUGCUAAUCUCUGCUUCUUUAGUCAACAAUACAUUUCUGUGAUUUGAAUAGGUGCCUGGAGUUACAGUUGCAGUUCACCAUACAGUCUACAGAGGGCUCUAAAACAUCAAUUGAAGUAUCUGCUCUAGAAUACAUAGAACUCAGUGUAAAGUUGUGUGACACUUUUCUACAGUUUGUGGUUGUUAAAAAAAGGGUUCUAGGUGGAUUUGAACUCUGGACCUGUCUGUAUAGACUGUAUAGAUCACUGUAUAUGAGUGCAAGCGGACUUUAUAGGCCUUUUAACAUUAGUUUGCAGUUCAUUUGCUACUGUAACUAAUAACCUGCCAUUUGAAUUAACAGUAUUUUUAUAAUAACCUGCCCUGACUUUUCACAAAAUAUUCCUUUCUAAUUUGCAGUUACAUGCCAUUAUUUUUCUUAGAUUUAGUAAAACCUUUCCUAUAUUUCCUUGACCUCUAAAUAAUGUCCCUGUACUGUAUGCUGUGAUUUUAUACAGUAACGUAAUGCGUUCUUCAGAUAUUUGGCCAAGUUGUAGCCAAAUUAAAAACUACAGAACUUCCUACAAAAAGUGUAAGUGACUUAAAGAUCACUGGCCUUACUGUCAAGUCAUCUUUGCAUUUUUUGUCAUAUUAAAUUACAAAGUGAUGUCACGCAGUCAGGUUUACCUUUAAUGAUUUUUUUUAACCUGAAUCACUUCAGCCACUUGUAUGGGCACCCUAUUUAAAAGAUUUAAGGUAUAUCAAUGAGUUUUAUACAAUGAAGCAACUUUGUACAGACAGUUUACGAUGCAUCUUAUACUCUGGAAAAUAGUGUUACUUUUAAAAAGUUGUUACAUAAAUGUUGCAUAAAGUGAUGUGAACAUGGGAAAAGACAGAGCAUCUACAUCCAGGAGAUGUGUGUAUAUGUGUGUGUGCACACUAUAUAUACAUAUACAUACAUGCAUACAUAUAUAUACACACACACACUAUAUAUUUUCUUUCACAUAAUCCUCUCUCUCUCCCAUCUAAUCAUGCAUAAAAGACCUACCUUAUUGGUAAUAAUUGUUCUAUUUUGUUGUCUGAGUGAGUUUUUCUGUAGAGGCAUUUGAGUGAGUUGUGUUUAUGGCUCUAUUUCAUAACCAAUUAGAGCAUUGUGAAAUCACACAAAGCAUUUGUGAGUGUCUGUGUUGGUGUUUUUUUUUUUUUUUUUGUUUGUUUUUUUUGUUGUUUUUUUUUAAAUUAUGUCCUGUACAAUAGUGUAUAAUUGAUUUAAUUGUGUCUGUAGUUUUUAUCAGAUGCAUGUUUAUAGUUGUCCACGACAGUGGUUCUGUGAAUACGCUGACAGUUAUUCUUCCAGUGCAUUUUUAUAUUAAGAGGAAUGUGGAAUCUGUAGUACGAUUGCUGUUAUUAUCUGCUAAAAUGUUUGCCAUACUAAUUUCUUAUAUUCCUUGUUUGCCAUAAGAUUUCUGCAGAUUGUCAGCUUGAUUCUUGUCACUGUUUAUAAUGUAAUGAGCCUUUAGAGACUGUUAGUGGGAGGUGUGAGUUUCUGCACUUAAACUUAAUCAGUGCCUUUAGGUCAAAUGAAACUUAAUGACCAGUCUCUGUGCUUUAUUCUGUCGAAUCUCUAGAAAGUGACAAUGAUGUCAUGCCAGGUUUGUCUCUUGUAGGUGGGAACUGUCCAGUAUCCCUAAUCAUGCCAUUUUUAAACCAUUAAAAAUAUUCUGUACAAAAUUAUUGAUUGUUUACUCCACUAAAAACACAACUUAAAAUCUCUAGAGACAUCUUUUACACACCUUGGUUUAGUCACAGGUGAAAAUGCAUUAUCUCUUGUCUUGAUUUGUAUCAUGUAUUUAAUUUGUUUCUCACAAACAUGAUCUAUCAUGUAAAUUCAUGUGAAUCAGUCAAUCAUGAGAAGUUAGCUAUUAAAAUGUAAACUUUUUUUGGAAUGCAGGGGAUAUGUUUGGACUAUUCUGAAAUGUAUUUAUUAUUCUUUAAUUCUGGUAAUAAAAACCUACUAAAACUUG